AAAUUCUAGUCCAUAACCCAUAAAAAUGCUUCUUCUAGCGUAACAGUGGUCCGGUCUGAAUCAAGAGAGAAAUCCACACAGAACCAGAACAAACAGUGUCCACAAGCCCAAAAAUAAAUCACAUUUGGCAGAAUUUGACAGGAAACCUCAGCAUGCGCUUGACCUUUAAGCCCUCAGACGGCACUGCAUAAGAAACCAUCAUGCUGCGGUGUUUAAUGAAGCUAAACAGGCUCAUUUACCUGCUGCGGCAUCUUUCUCUUACUGUAACAGAAAGAUAUACGUCAUUUCAAUGCAGGGCCAGAACUCAUCUCAGAUAAAAAGACAGUGGAAAUGUGUCCACGUUUCAACGCGUUUCCUGGAAAAAUGGAUUUCCAGUUCUCAGUCCCAAAGACACUUUGUGUGUUCUGUUAUUGUUUAAUUAAUUUGGUCUUUUUUUUCUCCAUAUUGCUGUGCAUGCCUAAUUUCAUUCAUUUAAAAUACUAAAUCAAACGUUUAUGUUUAUAUGCUUGUGCUUCCACAUGCAGGUCAUUGGCAUUUGCUCAGUAUAAAAACUAUGAAAAUCUUCUGAAGCAGCUCUUGAAAAAUCAGGCAGCUGUUCCUUUAAAGAGUUUUACUAACCCCGGAUCAGGUGUACAGUAUAAUAAAAUGGAUACACAAUAUAUUUGCCCAAAUACAACAUAUACAGCAGGGUAAGCCUUAGUGAUUAAACUUUGUUUGUGGUUUGUGCUUUAAUAAGCAGACAUUAGCAGAGUAUUAAUGACUGGAUUCUGAAAUUCAACAUGCAUUUUCAAAUCACAGGCUUUCGUGACGAAAUCGCAAUUUCAGGAUUCAGUUGCAGUAAGGGUUCUUUGUUGGAAGUUGAAGAGUUGGGCGACUGGAGCAUACGCUGCAUGUGUAUGUGUGUGUGAUGCAUACGCCAACAUACACACAUUGACACAUACAGCAGAGCUACUGUGCUUUAUUUUUGCGUUUCAAAAAUCUGACUUUAUUCUCUAAGCACCUUGUAGCGUCACAUCUCUUUGCAUCAAAUUUGACAUCAGAUGCUUUGUUACAUUAAUGCACGUGGCAGACAUACGUUGCAAAUCUGUAAGAAAACUUAAAAAGGCUCAACCAGGUGAGACACGGGGCCCAAAAUGCUGAUCUAAAUUAUCCAGAUAGAAAUUUGUUACACAUUCUCAAUUGAUACUUGGACUAAGCAGCAUUUCUCAAAAAAAGGUGAACGGCACAAUUGCUCAAAAAGUUGACUGGUGUAUCAUCAAGCGAAGGUCACGGGUUCAAAUCUCAGGAUAAUUGAGAAUAAUCAGAAUAACCAGCACGUAAUAACCAGCAGGUCACUUCUUACCUCUGUGUGUGUACACCUUUCCUUAUUUUUAGAUGGUUUUUCUUAUUUCUUCACUUUUGACUUCCUUUCGCUUGUAUAAUUUCCUGUCAUUAUGUGCACAUCACAAACACAAAACGAGAACACACUGGUGUACCCAAACACACACACAAACUCGCAUGCUCGUACACCCAUCUUAAUUGUUUUAUUUCUUAAUAUCCAUAUAGGGUAUGAUUAUUUUGAUUGGACACCGCGGACAUCCUGUAAGUUGUUGUAUGAACGCGUGUUGUAUAAAUAUGACCCGUCCUCUUUAGUAAAGUUUUAAUGAAGAAUUUUACGGUAGCUCUCUGUAUUGCUUGAUCCAUUAAUUCAUUUGAAUCAGUUAUUAAUUAAUCAGUCCAGCGCUGCAGUAAUGCAUCAGUUCAUUUCCGUGACGUUUUCACUGCUAGUCAUUACCGAGCUGCGGGUGAGCGUUCAGGCCGGAGAAACACGUCCUGAGCGGAGCAUCAGCAGACAUUACAUAUCAGAGCUGACUGUGAUGAACGGAGGGAGAUGGGGGUCGUGGGGUCACCGGGAAAUGUGUCCGACUGGAACGUACGCCGCAGGCUUCAGUCUAAAGGUGGAUCGUACCUAUGCUUUUUUGGGUGACAGCACGGCACUCAACGGGAUUCGUCUUCACUGUGUUAAUACGAAUGCUUCAGGUUUUCCACACUCGUACGACAACUACGCCUCAAUUCAUUCAGAUGUAGGCAGCUGGGGUCGGUGGACAGAUAUCAAAUGGUGUCCUUCUGGAUUCCUGACCGCUUUUCAGCUGAGAGUCGAAGGCUCUCAAGGAGCCGGUGACGAUACGGCCGCAAACAACAUCAGGUUCAAAUGCAGUGGGAGGUCUUUCCUGCUGGGUGACGGCACACACUGGGGCGACUGGGGCGACUGGAGCAACAUGUGUGAAGGAAAAGGGAUCUGUGGUAUUAAGACACGGGUAGAAGAACCUCAUGGCACAUGGGGAGACGACACCGCUCUCAAUGACAUGCGCAUGUUCUGCUGCAGUUAAGGUGUUGGAGGACGACAACAAGAAGAUCAGAUGGAUCUUAUUGAUAAGCAUACUGUUAUGAGCUCCCAUUAUCCAUGUCAUACAAGAGCCAUCACAAAAUAAAGCCUAAGAUGUAUUUAGGACCUCACCGAAGAGCAGCGCAAAUCAUUAUUACAUGACAAUACAAAGUGUAUCUUUUCAGUUCAUGCAUUUCAAAUCCAUGAUCUCUAUACUCUACAUUACCUGUAACGUUUUUGUAUUUUUUUUUUUAUGAGGGUGUAAUCAUAUCCUAACAUCUAUUAAAUAUUAAUUUAGAUUGA